CUUUCUAUUGACAAAGUUCAAAGCUCUCUCAUAACGCAGUUUCCUUUUAUAUACUUUCGCUUCCACAAAGUUUGAAAUACAAAACACAAAAAACCACUUUCAAUUUUCCUGUUUCCUUUGCCGCCUCCGCCAUUGGAAGAAUGCUCUUCGACCUCGACCUCCUCUGCAACUCUCUCUCAUCCUUCCUAGCAGAGAGAGCAACAACAGACCUCAACAAUGAAACCUCCAUCAAAUCAAUUUACUACCAGUAACUGACAUCCAUGGACGGCUACAACAAUUACCCUAAAGCAAACUCAUACUCGUCUCUGCUUCAGUAUUUUCUCUCUCUUCAGUACUUGCAGAGAAGCAAGAGAUCAUUCUUCGCUCUUCUGUCUCUCUUUUUGGUUUUCCUCUUAGCCUAUAAUGGUGCCACUAUGUUCUGUAUCUACAUCCCUUUUCCGGCCAAAACCCCGCCGGACCCCGGCAAUUUCUCGCCGGAAACUGUCCCUAGAGAAUCAAGAAAGUUGGCUUCUGUGUCUUCUUCAACGAAGGUCAUUUCUUCUGUACUGUACGCAGUGAAAGAAGAAAACCCACCUGCAAUUUCCAAGACCCAUUUCACCCUUUUGCAUAAAGAUCGUCAUUUGGUUGUUUUCGAAAACAAUUCUUUGGUGUAUGCACAGAGAAGAAUGCGAAAACACAAGUCUGUGUUGAAGAUUCUGCGGUCGGAGGCUCGGAUAAAGCGGUUUUCAACCAAAGUGAAAGAGUUUUUCGGUGGGAAUUCGUCGAAUUAUCAAUGUAAGAUUCAGUUUUUCAUGACUUGGAUUUCUUCAUUGGAUUCAUUUGGUGAUAGAGAAUUGUUUGCAAUAGAGAGUGUGUUUAAAGCACACCCAAAUGGCUGUUUGGUUGUAGCAUCGAAUUCAAUGGAUUCAAAAAGAGGAAUGCAAAUUUUAAGGCCAUUUUUGAACAAGGGAUUUCGGGUAAUGGCAAUUUCACCUGAUUUUGAUUAUUUGUUGAAGAACACUGUUGCACAAGCUUGGUUUGAUCGAUUAAUGAAAGGAGAAAUCGAAACUGGGGAGGUUUCUUUGGGUCAGAACCUCUCAAAUUUGCUUAGGCUUGGUUUAUUAUACAAGUUUGGUGGAAUUUACAUAGACACAGAUGUUAUAGUUUUGAAGAGUUUUAGGAAUCUGAGAAAUUCAAUAGGAGCACAGACUAUUGAUCUUGAAACUGGAAAUUGGAGUCGAUUGAAUAAUGCUGUAAUGGUAUUUGAUAAAGGGCAUCCACUUCUUUACAAGUUCAUUGAAGAGUUUGCACUCACUUUUGAUGGGAAUAAAUGGGGUCACAACGGCCCUUAUUUGGUGUCAAGGGUUGUUUCAAGGGUGAAUGGAAGACCUGGAUUUAAUAUCACUGUAUUGCCGCCUGUGGCGUUUUAUCCAGCUGACUGGAAAAAAAUUGGUAGUCUGUUCAAUGGGCCGAGGAACGAGGGUCAUUCGAAAUGGUUGCUUGCUAAGCUCAGGCAAAUUCGCGGCCAAAGCUAUACGGUUCACCUUUGGAAUAAGCAGAGUAGAAGGAUAAAGAUAGAGGAAGGAAGCAUCAUUGGGCAUAUAAUGUCUGGUUGUUGUGUCUUCUGCAAUUCUUCUGAAUUGACGUUGUAAGUAUAGAAUUAAGGGUGACAAGAUUAUGCAUCAUCUCAUUGUAUUUAUCUUCUUCUUCUUCAAUGUGUUGGGGUUUACUGUAUGUGGUUAUGAACCAACUCAGUUCAUUCCAUAAGUAUACGCAUGUAAGAAAAUGUAAGAAAAAUUAUCACAAGUUUUACAUAGAUCAUAAUCACAAGUUUUAGAUCAUGUUGAAAGUUGUUCCACUUGUAUCUUCUGCAUUAUUUGAAACUGCA